AUGCCGUUCUCCAAAAUCUCGAAAAUUCUCUCUCUCUUCCCGGCAGGGGGAGUACUUGCUGCAGGGUCAUUCUUCUACACUACACGACAAAUCGAGGCAAUUGAACUCUCCCCGGAAGAUCCAAUCUUCAAAUCCAAAUAUCACCAAGAACACAAUCCAAACAACAAUCCCACCGUCCACGACUUGCAUAUCCGACGAGUCCCAAUCUCCCAGAUAGACCCAACACUACUCCAAAACCCAGACCAACUCCUCGAACGAUUUAGCGGAGGAGUCUGGGCUGGCUCGGCAUUUGCACUACAACGCAGUCUCGGAUCAAAUAGACAGCCACCACAACUAUGGGAACCAGCCGACCUCCUCAAAUCGAAAUACCAGCCGGGGACAAUAAUUACCGAUGAAUUUCUCGUGUUGAGCAAGUCGAAAGAUGCGAUUCUUAUCCGCGGUGGAGAUAAGGUGUCAAAAGCCGAGCUCCGGCCGAUGGACGGGUUGAUUGAAUUGAGGGUGCAGGUGAAGGAUGAACUGGUGGAGUUUGGGUUUAAAUCUUUGUUCUUUCAGGGUCUUGGUAGGUCUGAUCGACUUCCUAUGCCUGGGUUUGUGGUUUGGCUUCAUGAACAGUAUGCGAAGGCUUUGUUGGAGUCGGGGGUGAGACAUGUAUUAUGUGAGUGA